UUCGACUAGACAAGCUGGAAAACUGGAAAGCUCCAAUCCGUGACUAAGCUUGCAGCCUUACAUAAUGGUGAUGGUGCAAAUAAAAUUAGAAUUUUAGUAACGUAUCAGUGAGUAGUGUAAAAGUCAUUAAAUUUGUAUCAAAAUCGUGGUAUAUGUUGGAAGUCGUUAUUUUUUUAACAGUAAAACUAGAAGAACGUUGUUUUAUUUGACCUACAAGCAAUGCCAAGGUGUGACAAAAAGUGAUUCAGUGAGUGUUCGAUUUAGAGAGUAUCGUUAAAAAAAGCACUCUAUGCAACGCUUCCGACGCUUAUCAGUUUGUAGCUUAUUUGUUACGGUUAACACGUGCUACUAGAACUGGUUUACAACUGCGUGGGCACAGGAAAAAUGCGACCAGUACAUCAACGAGUGUGUUCUAAAAACCACCCACCAACGAACAACGAAAACCACACUUAAAUUACAGUACAUUAAUUGCAGUACCCAAAUGUACAUCCGACCGACGUAGAUAUCGUAGAUACAGUGUCGACGGCGGCGACUACUGUGACAAAAGGACGGAGUAAUUAUCAUUCCCAGUGAUAAGCACUCGGGUGUCGGUGGAGGUGUUCGGUGAUUGAAUCAGCCACAGACUGACAGGAUGGCCGAACAGCAGCAGCGUGAUUCACUGUGUCCAAGAUUGAUCGACUAUCUGGCCAUUGUGGGCGCCCGGUCGGCGGUCGUUACCCGGCCAAGCAAUGCCUCCGGUGGCGGAAUCGGUGGAAUGCAAGCUGCAGGACCACACUCACCCCCACCGGUGCAGAUCCCGGAGCUGCUACGUCGAUAUCCCCCGACGGACCAUGCGGACUUUCCGCUGCCACUGGAUAUGGUUUAUUUUUGUCAGCCGGAAGGAUGUGUCAGUGUGGGACCUCGGAGAACCGGAUCAGCCGUACGUGAUGCGACUUCGUUCGUGUUCAUGUUAACCGACAAGGAUUCCGGUAAAACGCGCUACGGUAUUUGCGUGAAUUUCUAUCGUCCUAUGGAAAAACAUGUUCCUGGAGUUGGCGGAGCGAGCAAUCUGCCCGGAUCGGGUCGGAAGGGACAUAACUCGACAUUUCGACGCGAAUCCUGGCGAAAAAGUAUGGAGAAAAGCUCGGAUUCAGCCUUUUCAAGUGAUUACAGAAGUAGCAAUAUUGGACCUAGUGACUCUUCGGAUCGGGAUUGUCCGAGCCGGAGGGAUUCGGAUCCACCGAAUACUUCCUACUACGGAGGACCUCAACAACAGAUACGACUGGGAGUGACUGGACCAUCAGCCGAUUCGGAAUCCGGAGGAAGCCAUUCGCCAUCACCUCGUGCUUCCCGUAAACGCUCCAAAAUCCGAAGUCAGUCACUUACUACGCUCUGCAUAUUGUCCCAUCAUCCAUUCCUAUCAACGUUCCGCGAGUGCUUAUAUAUCCUGAAGAAGUUGAUUGAUGCGUGCAAUGACGCGUCUAGUCCCAAGCGUGUAGGAGCUUCCCGGCAAAGUGGGCGUGACAGCGUGUGGAAUGUUCUAACGAGUCAGGUCACGGACUCAACGCCUUCGGUUGUACUCCAUGAUGUAAAAGAAAUUGAAACUUGGAUUUUGAGACUGCUGUCGGCACCGGUUCCUGUGCCUGGUUCUACCAGAGUAGAGGUUGAGGUAUUGUCACCUUCGAUUCACCCCCCUCUGGUAUUUUCUCUACCGGAUCACACUCGGUUCUCAUUCGUGGAUUUUCCGCUUCAUCUACCCUUGGAACUACUCGGUGUCGAAACGUGCCUCAAAGUGCUGACUCUGAUCCUGCUCGAACACAAAAUUAUUAUUCAGUCUCGAGAUUAUAAUGCUCUGUCGAUGUCCGUGAUGGCGUUGGUGAAGCUCAUAUAUCCGUUAGAGUAUAUGUUUCCUGUGAUUCCAUUAUUACCGACCUGUAUGGGAAGUGCCGAGCAGUUGCUGUUAGCGCCUACCCCGUUCAUUAUUGGGCUUCCUGCAACUUUUCUACUUUAUAAACGGAAUUUUAGGCUUCCCGACGAUGUUUGGCUGGUAGAUUUGGACUCGAAUAGGCUAACCCCAGCGUCGGGCGAUGCCGAUCAAAUUCCAGCACUGCCGGAACCGGAAGGAACAAUUUUAAAAAAUCACCUAAAACAGGCAAUGCAACUGAUGGAUCAAGCAGGAGUUGGAGCUCUGGGUUCCAUGUCAACCGGUAACCAAGGUGCCCCAGUGCAACCGACAAAUCUCUCGCAGCCUGGAUCAAAUCGUGAAAGUUUCAGUGGACCGACUGCCGCUCAUCAAGCGUUUUCACAGCCUUUACAAGUGCCCGGAUCUGCAAGCAAUAGUCAGCGGAGUUCAUUCUCCGGAGCGGCGGGAACACCCCGUCAACCGAGUCCGGUUGGACAACCGCCUCCCAACCCGUUCCUUUACGGGACCGAUGUUGAUUCGGUGGAUGUAGCGACACGGGUUGCUAUGGUUCGAUUUUUCAACUCUCAAAAUACGCUAGCCAACUUCACGGAACAUACCCGAACGCUACGUCUGUACCCUCGUCCUGUAGUGGCGUUUCAAAUAAACAGUUUCCUACGCUCACGGCCAAGGGCUUCCAACUUUCUCAACAAGUUUGCACGAACACAGGCGGUGGAGUGGCUAGCAGAGUGGUCGUUAACUCCAACAAACGUAGCCUUCUUGAGAGUUCAAACAGGAGUACUGGAUCCGGCGCAAGUCGGCGAUAAACCAAAAUGGUACUCACACACUCUGACGCCCAUCAAGUUCCCCGUGUGGAACGAAAAUGGUUCGCUCAAUGGAGCCCUCAAGAGCCUGCAGCAACACGAGAGUCAACCUACCGAUGAGAGUGGAUCUGAUUCUGAAGCAGCCGAAAGCACCAGCUCUUCGUAUUCUUCGUUAAGUGAUUUCGUUUCAGAGAUGGUCUCUUCGGACCUCUCGCCAAGUUUGCACGAUGUCUAUGGAAAUCAGCAUCACGUGCACAUAGCGCCGAAAACGAUGUCCUCGAAUCUAGAUCCGAAGCUGGUCUAUCGACCACCGAGUUCUCUACGCUAUCCGGAGGGUAUGAGACCUAUCAAUCAAGAAGCUGACGAUGCCAAUCGGCCAGAUUCACCAGCAUCGACUUCGUCAAGCCGAUCGGAUCUCAGUAGCCCUAGUUUCAAUCGUGAUUCGGAGUUUGAGUUUAAUCCUAAGGCACGGAACGAGGCACAGGUAAUUGCUCAACCGAUAAAAGAACAGCAAGGCAGCUUCGAAAACGAGUCGGACUCCAACUCGACGACUACGCCAAAAACUAUAGUGUCUAAGGAAAGUGGAGGAUCUUUGGAUGUGGAAACGAAAAAAAGUAGAUUGGGAAAGAUUCCUCCUCCGUUGUCUCCGAAUUUAGCAAAACAGCACAGUGGAAGCAAUAUCCUUGCUAGAACCUCCAGUUCUGGUUCAACCGGAUCGAGUAGCCACCCUCCUUCGUUGGGUUCGGCAGGAUCACAACGACAAAGUUCGCAAGGAUCGUUGUUUGAAGUGUUGACCUCACAAGCGAAAGAGCUGGUUCGUGAAACUACACGACAAAGUAGUCAGGACGGUUUAUUGGCCCAUGUGGAUAAGUUGAAAGAACAGGCCAAAGAGUUGAAAGAACAAGCAGGCGAAGAUAUGAAAAUUCUCGCUCCUUUGGAACAGCUUACAUUGCAAGCGAAGAAGGCAGCCGAGGAAGCUUCCAAGCAGGCGUUGGAAGCUUCAAAGCAAGCCGCCGGUGCCAGUAAAAACACUUUGGACGAUUUAACCUACGUGGGCAAAUCAACACUGGAUGAUUUGACGAAAACGGCUAAGGAAGCAGCUGCCAAGAAAGGCAUUACCCUUCCCCAUCCACCGAACGUUUCACCGUCCGGAAGUGCUAUAGCAACCACUAAUCAGUCCCUGUUUUCGUCGAUCACGAGUGACUUCAACGGGAUCGCCCAGUCUACUUCGAGUAUGUUCUCGGAUUUGUUUAGCAACAAACCGAACAAGCAGACUGGGCAACAUUCAGGGCAAGUUCGUUCCACAUCCGGUAGUCAACAAGCUAGUCAGAACCAAUCGCAGAAUAAGAUCAAGGACAAACUAUCGUUCGAUCCUUUUCCCGGACGGAAAGGACUGGUAGAGCGUACUCCGCUUAUCCGACACUCAGGACCCAAGCAAACCCAGGAAGAAUUGCAGCGGUUACAGAAUGCAGAACGUUCCUCGAGUAAUUCGGAGAAUCAAGCAUUCCUGAAAGAUUUGGUUAACCAAGUACUCGCGGGCGAGGGCGUUGGUUGGCUGAAACUGAAUCGUCUGAAGAAACUGAUGGAAGAUGAAUCCUAUCGCAUGUUAGUACUCGGCAAACUGAAUAAAACACUGGAACGGAAGAUCGGACCAGAUGAUCAUAUAGAUGAUGUUUGUAUUACAAAACCCAUCUAUAAGGGAACACUAAAGUGUAUGUUGGCAAUCACUCACGGACUUGAAAGCACAUUCUCGAAUUUCGGUCUAGGCGGAAUGGCGUCUGUAUUCCAGAUGAUGGAGAUCGCUCACACACACUAUUGGAGUAAAGAUUUGACGGACAAUACAACCGACAUAUCAACAAGUUUGCUGUCGAGUCGGUCAGUCAGUCCGUUGGGAAGUCGGGAGAAUCUUCGCUCUCCACAAAGUCCGGCAGAACCGGCCGAAUGGAGUUCGACUGUGGGCUCUCGGAAAAACUCUUCCGUAUUGAACGAACCUGUGAUAUCGCGUCGACCUUCCGAAAAUGACAACGAGAACCAAUCUACUACGGAAAUGUUCAAGGAUAUGUUGUCACUCAAGCGGAACGUUCUACUCAGCAAGCUUACAUCGUUCGAUUCCGAGCCCGGUGGCGGAGUUCACGGAUCAUCCGGGGCACUGUCGGUAGCUAGUGAUGUGCUGCCGCAGCAGCAUUCCGGUGGUUCGUUGAUACCAUCGAUCUCUUGCCGAUCGACUGUGUCCGAUACGGAGUAUGAGAAACACCCGAAGGGAUCUUCCACUUUUAAAGAUGCCAAAAAAAUGGCCGGCGGUUUGUUUUCCGGGAAGUCAUCACUGAGCGCUGGAUUCCGUUAUACCGGAGGUAGCUUAAUACCGACCUCGAAUUCGCCCUCCCCCGAUGCUCCACGAGUGUACCUCUUCGAAGGUUUGCUGGGUCGGGAGCGUUCGAACGUGUGGGAUCAAAUGCAAUUUUGGGAGGACGCAUUCCUGGAUGCAGUUAGUCAGGAACGGGACAUGAUCGGAAUGGAUCAAGGUCCCGGAGAAAUGAUGGAACGGUACAAAUCGCUCUCGGAAUCCGAGCGUAAACGGCUGGAACAUGACGAGGACCGUCUGUUGUCUACGAUGCUCUACAACUUGACGGCCAUUCUGGUCAUGCUGAACUGCAACAAGUUGGAGAUUAAACGGAAGAUUCGGCGGCUUCUGGGCAAAAGUCAUAUCGGUCUUAUAUACGCACAGGAGGUGAAUCUUCUGCUGGAUCAGAUCAAUAAUUUACACGGGAAUGACAUCGACCUUAAACCACUUGGAUCUCGACUGUUGCAUCGGCAAAGUUUUACUGUUCAUCAGGGUGUGGACGCAUCCGGUCCGCUACGGUUCAUGGAAGUUCGCGAUGACGGACUGGUUUUACGAUCAGUCAACGGAACCAUUGUGGAGCGUUGGUGGUUUGAGCGGUUAGUCAAUAUGACCUAUUCGCCAAAAACACGGGUAUUAUGCCUUUGGCGUCGGAACGGGGGUCAAACCCAACUUUAUAAAUACUACACCAGGAAGUGUAAAGAGCUCUAUAACGCUAUUAAAGAGGCAAUGGAACGAGGUGGUUGCACUGGUCAAGGACCGGAACUAGGAGGUGAGUUUCCAGUGCAGGAUUUGAAUACAGGAGAGGGCGGACUGAUGCAAAUUUGUUUGGAAGGCGUCGGACUGUUGUUCGCCAACAGCAAGGACUUUGAGUUUUUCAUCCGGCUGGAGCACAUCAAGAAGUGUUUCACUCAAAAGGGAGGAGUGUUCAUCCUGGAAGAGUACAAUCCUAAAACGCGUCAGUUGAUCCAGAGGAAAUUCAUGUCAAACUUGGCCGACGACAUCUGCUAUUCGGUUUUGUGCGUCUUCUCGUACGUGGCCGCCGGUCAAGAAUGGCAAAAGAAAUAUCCAACCAUUGCUGCAUCCGGAACUACGUUGCCAGGUGCACCACAGGUGAGCAGGGUAGCAACAACAGCAGCUGGCAGUCAUCAACAGCAACAAAUCGCUCAUCAAACGCCUCCGGUGGCUAAACUUGCUACACAACCUGUUCAACCACCGCAAGCGCAAACAAAUCAGAGGGUACAAAAAACGCAUCUCCCACCGCAAAGUUCACCCAAGCUUCAAACAAUUAUUAGCAAACCAGUUCCUCAACAGCCACCAACGCAGCCGCAACCACUGCAGAAGGCAUCACCUCAGAUAGUGCAACAAUCAAGAAUACCCUCUGUCGAUACUCCUCCAACGAGUCCUGCUCCUCCUUUGAAAAACCUCCCACCUUCCCUUCCUGCGCGGCCAGUACUAUCGGCAUCUACAUCUUCCGCAGGAACUCCCCCAAACAGUUCAUCAACCGGUUCAUCGGAACCUCCGAAGAUGAAAGCGCCUGUGCUGCCCUCAUCUUCUGCUAGCUCCGGAAGCCGCUUACCACAACAAUCUUCUCUCCCAAACCGAGGUCCUCCUCCAGCUAUCCCGCCGCGAAUCGGAUUGGGACAACGAUCUGGAUCGGUUCAAAUUCCCUCAAUGACGAACAAUCCAUUGAGACAACUGAAACGACAAUCCUCGGCAGCCUCACCUCCACCGAAUCAGUCGCCACCGGCAGUUGGCCACAGUUCGCAACGUUCGGAUACCCAAGGAACAGGCAACGUUUUUCGGAGGAAUUAAAAGUAGACUUCUCUGUUUUGACUGUACGGUAAACUGAAGUUUCAAUGUUUUUUCUAACCUACUCGGUAUUCUGGAUGUACAUGAGAAUGAUUGCUUUCACACCAAAUUUUUACAUAAUCCUGACAUGAACUCGCUAAAUGAACCAGAUGAAUGUCAUUUGACAACUAUCAGUCAUUUGUUUACUUGUGCAUUCCAGUAGCUGUUAGGUUUUGCACGAACAUAACAUAACCUCACAAAAUGAACUUUUUUUGACAGUCGACGUGUACUUGUUUACAGUUUGAAAGUUCAUCAGAGGUUCAUCGUUCGAAUGUAAAAAUUGCAAGUCGCCUCACACUAAACAUAUUCAUACAUAUAUGGCUCCUUGAUGCUGGAAACACGUACAGGACAAUCUUUUUAGUUCUUUUCACUGUGGAAUACGUUUAUAACAGGCACUUUUUCGUCAUUUUUCAAUUUUUAACUUGCAGUCGCAAAACAAAACAAGUACACGGCAACUGUCAAAGAUGAAAACCUAGUUGACCAUCGACCAUUUUCAUUACGUGUUCAUUUGUGUCGUCAUCUUGUGAAUCCUAAUUACUUAGGCAAACGAUAUCAAAAAUGUUGAUGAAUGUGCUUUGAAAUUCUUUCAAAGCUGCCAUCUUUCUUUAGCACUACCGUUAAUAGGAUUGAAAUUGGGUUUGAUUAGGUUAGUUUAACUAAAGGUACAAUGCGAUGAAAGAGUUUCAUUUGCGGUUUUUGCAACGUAUACCUACCUCGCAACUUAAACACCAAAAAAAGUUUUCCAUGAACUUCACAUCAACGUUAACCAAAUCAGCUGGAUAAACAACAUUUUUCAAUAUAAAUUCGUAUAAUUGAAAAUGUAUUCAAACCACUUCACUCUUCACAAGUGACAUUCCAAACGAACAAACGAUAUGUCAAAAUCAUUACAAUUCAGAAGAAAUUAUCAACUUUCAGGAUUUUUUUUAUAGUGAUUUUCACAGUCGGCUAGAAAAGGUUGCGACGCGAUAAGAUAGCGACAAAAUGCCGCAAAGAUAGCGGCCCUUACACGUGACAAUAUUAUUGUCAAUACAAAGAGUAUUGACAAUACUUUUGAUCGUGUAAUGGAAACUUCAUUGGAUUGACGAAAAUAUUGUCAAAAAAUCAAAACUGCUCAUCAAUCCGACAAUACUUUCUCUCCAGAGAAGGAACUGUCAAAUAUGUGGAAUGAACUUUUCUCUCAAUGUUUCAAUGUUCAGUUGCAAUAUUUGAAGCUUCAAACGCUUGAUUUGUUCGAAAAAUGCGGACUCAAGUUACCAAGUCAAUUGGAUUGACGGUAUUGACAAUACUUUGGAUUGACAAUAAUAUUGUCACGUGUAAGGGCUGCUGAUAGCGAAACUGUCAUUCGCAUCGAUUCAACCCCUUCGAAACCACAAGCCAGAAAAAAAUAUGUUUUAAAUUGACCGUUACAAUGACUAUUUUUUAUUUAUUAAGAAAUUUCAGUCAUAAUGAAUUCAUAUUGAUAAUGCGUAUGUGGCAGAUUACGGCUACAACUUGCACGGAUUUUUGAAGCGUGUGCUAUUUAUUUGACAUAAUGUGCGAUUCGUCACCGUCACCGGAACGUCAGCUUCCGUCAAAAUUAAUUUAAUACUUUCUUUACCGGAACGUUCACACGCUCCGUCCGUCAAAACGUUCCGUGACGGUGACGUUACGAGUGAAUGACUCCAUAAGAAUGCAUGUAAUUAAUGUGGACGGUGCCGGUGGCGGAGAUUGACUGUGACAAAAGAAGACGGAUCGUCUGAAUCAUACAUAAUGAUUAUUUUGUGCUUAGUAUGUUCCCUUUUCAUUUAUAUUUUGUAUUUUUAUUUUAUUUUAUUUUAUUUUUUAGGAGCAAGGGAAAAGCCCGCUGGAGCUGAGAUCUUUGUUCUCCUUCUCCAGCAGGCAUAAAAUUAAUCGACCUUGGUUUUCAAAACCUCGUGCUUUAUUCGAUUGCGCUAUUUGUUUACUCCAAAAAGUUGGUCGUCUUUGACAGAUAUACAUUUGUUGAUGCUUUCGAUGAAUAAUGAAAUAACAAUUGUCGCUAAGGAAUUUUACCAGUUGAAAAUGCAAUUGGCCUCAAUCCAACAGCCGAUUAAUUUUUCUUUUGGCUCUAAUGCUAGUUAAUUUUAAUACAACAGACAGCGAACGGGUUAAAACAACUGUCCAAUUUUCUGGCAGCGAUGCCAGAUGAAAUUUUAGGCGUCUGCGUAUCAGAAAUGGUCCUAUGCGACCUCAAUAUUUAGAAGUAUGACGAAAAAACUAAACGAAAACCCUACAGUAAUAGCAAAUGUCAUUAAAAUGGACGAUUGUUUAUAAAAAUUUUGAAAAUCUGCAAAAAAGUCGGGUUAAUUGCAAAAUCUGCUAACAAACGAAAUUGCAAAUUUACAUAUCAAUCUGCAAACCUGGCAUCAGUGGUUCUGACGCUCAUUAUUUCGAUAUCCUGCGACGAUUCCGUCGCAUUCUAUAGCGACCCUUACACGAGACAAUAUUAUUGUCAAUACGAGGAGUAUUGACAAUACUUUUGAUCGUGUAAUGGAAACUCCAUCGGAUUGACGAAAAUAUUGUCAAAAAAUCAAAACUGCUCAUCAAUCCGACAAUACUUUCUCUCCAGAGAGAAAACAGUUAAAUAUGUACAAUGACCUUUUCUCUCAAUGUUACAAUAUUCAGUUGCAAUAUUUGAAGCUCCAAACGCUUGAUUUUCUCGAAAAAUGCGGACUCAAGUUAACAAGUCAAUUGGAUUGACGGUAUUGACAAUACUUUGGAUUGACAAUAAUAUUGUCACGUGUAAGGGCUGCUUAUGUCCAGCUGAAAACCACUAUAUUGUUACCAACAUAACGGAUGAGACUUUUAUUACCAGAGAUGCCAGGUUUGUAGAUUUUUAUUUGUAAUUUCUUACAGGUUUCUCUGGAUUUUCCGAGUAGUUUUUCAGAUAUUCUGCAGAUUAUCGACGACUUUAACCAACACUAACUGGUUUAUUAUUGUUCUAUUAUGUUCGCUUUUUUAGCAUGGAAAUCCAUUCUUCCGAUUUUACUUCCUCAUAAUGUUUCCGAAGCGCCUUCAUUAAGGUUUCGAUACGCUUGGAGGAUUGAAAUCCUUCGAAACGAACUCACUAGUCUUGUACAACUUCAAAACAUUUUACGAGUAGCGGAACGAAGCUAAAUCCGACCAGGAAAGCGUUGGACCAUUACGUGACCUUUGAAGUGGAAGUAGACGCUUUUGGAAGCAUUCUUUUAUGUGUAUGUGCCUAUUGAUCGAUACGGUUGUCACAAAAGAAGUAUUCCUCUUUCCACAUGAACAAAUUGAUUGCCAAAUCAUGUUUUUUUUUUGACAAGCGUUGACCUAUUUUGCUUUCUAAUGUCUUCUGAGCCAUCAAACUUUUGAUGGGCAGUGAAAAACAGGAGUCGCGAAAACUACUGGAAGUCUGCUUUCUGUCCUUACCUCUGUAUUCUAAUUGAAAACACCCAAUGGGUAAAAAGUCAUUUGAAAGUAAUGCAAUUUAAGUCCGUACAACUUUAAUGCCCCGUUUACACUUCUGUUGGCUGCCAGCAUGCUGGUGUCAGUGUACUGCUCUCUUAGGAAAAAACGUUCAACUGUGGUCCAAUGAUCCAAAGUAUUAGACCAACGAAGGACCACCGUUGAACGUUUUUUUCCUAAGAGGGCAGUACACUGACACCAGCAUGUUGGCAGCCAGCAGAAAUGUAAACGGGGCAUAAGUCCGUAUUUCCUUCUAAUAACGAAAAUAGAGAAAAUAGGGAUGUCGGAUUUUUUUAAUUAUUCGAUUAUUCUAUAAUAGAAUAUAAUUUAUGAAACUAACCGAUUAAAUUUAAUCGAUUAACAGUGUUGUUAUUAUUAAUUAUUCGUUUAUUAGUAUAGGAUUUUUCGAUUUAUUUGAUUAGUUCAAUAAUUGAAUAUGAUUUUAAAAUAAUCAAAAAUAUUUCAAUCGAUUAUCUGGGUUAUUAAUCGAUUAUUCGCUUGGUCGAUCGACAUUCCGACAUCCCUAAGCGGAACGUCAGUUGUUUGGUGACAGGAACGUGAAUAUAUUUUAGACGUCGGAUUGUACUUGUCUUUCAAGACUGGCUAAGCUAAGACCAUGGUAGAUCCAACUCGCCAAUGGCAAAACUUAUAACAGUAAAUAGAUCAAGCGUUUGUUUUCUUUAAAAAAAAAAACUUCAAAACAAAGCCAUUCCGAUCAUUCCAUGACAAAAUUGCCUAACUAGAAGUGUCAGCAUCUCACUUUCUCUUUCGCGAAUUAUCAGAUUGAUCUUAUGUUUGAAGCUUGACUCUUCGCAUAACUUUUUAAUCAAAUUCAAAAGCUUUCAAUUCGAGAAAAUUUCUGUUAUGGCAGUAAUCGAAAGUAAUUAAAGAGAGCCUCUUUUGUCGUGUGACGAUAGAAUCGAUGCUGAAAUCAUUCUUGAUCCUAGUUUUUACGAAAACAUGAAGGACAUAACUAUCAUUCCAUUUGCUUUCGUAAGUUUCAUCCCUAAUGAUACAUGCCAUAAAAACUGGGCGAUACUUCAAUGCUAAGUAAAAAGUCUAAUCAUUUUCUUUUUGAAAAUUUCGAAUGAUUCCCGAAUUUUAGACUAUUGAGAAUAAUAAAAACGACGAUAAAAAUACACACAGAUUUUAGUUCAUCGCCAAAACUAGCUCAUUUUGCUUAAAUGUAUGAGAAUUUAACUUCAAAACGGGCGAAUCUGACGGAGACGACAUUUCGUGAUUUGAUGUUGUUGGAACCUAUCAGGGAUAAACUUUUCGAAAUGAAAUUUAUAUAACUGGGAUUGGAUAGGAUUGAAAAGAUUAGGAAUGACUGCAGCCAUAUUAGACUUUUGACAGCUCGUUUACAGCCUCAAAUGCCAAGGCUGUAAACCAUUUUGCGGUUAAUUUUAACUAUUGGUUGAAAUCUGACACUCAAGUGGUUAUUUUGAUGUUGUCAAAAAUAACCCUGCUCGAAAACAUGGUUAUUUUUGACAGAUCGAGCGUUAUUUUCCGACUCUGACAAAAAUCUUGCGAAGAAAAUUCUAAUAUCAAUUCUUUAGUCAAAAUUAUUUCCAGUGCAAACUAAACCCAAAUAACUUUCCGUCCGUCAAACUUUGGAAUGGGCCGCAGUUUUAGUUAAAUUUAACUACUCGACACAAAAUAACCACUCAAGUGUCAGAUUUUAACCAAAAGUUAAAAUUGAUCGCGAAACGGUUCACAGCCUAAGUUACUAUUUUGAAAUGCAUUUAUUUUCAUCACAAAACACCUACGCUCAAAAAGUUUUAAGUACGAUUUAAGCUAUCAGUCAACUUUCGUCAACGUUAACCGGAUUUUGCCGGUGGUUUAUAUUUCGAUAGUUCCACGACAAAAGUGCCUAACUGCAAAUGAGAGCCUCUCUUUGUUUACUUUCUCUCUUGAUUAUUAUGGAGCCAUUACUGCAUUUUCUCGAAAGCUUGUGGUUUUACCUUAAAAAUUUUACGAAGAGUAAGGCGUCAAAUAUAAAAUCAGUACGGUAAAUCGUGAAAAAGAAAGUAAACAAAGAGAAACUGUCGUUUGCAGUUAGGCCUUUUUGUCGGGUGACUGUCGAUUUGUUUAAGGCUUUUAUUAUUGAGACUUGAUAUUCACAUUUUGACAAUUUGAGUAGGGUUUAAAACAACAAGAUAAAACAUUACUACGAGAGUGCUCGAAGCACUCAAAACAAUACAUUGGUUGUGUUGUGUUAAGAUAAUUGAUAUGUAUUUACAUGUUGUCAUUAUAAGAAUUGGAGAAAUAAUGGAUCAAAAACUUUAGAUUUGAUGUUUGUUUUUCUAGAAUGUUUUGGAUUUUUUUACAAGCAUGUGCAUACCAGAAUGACCUUCAAAUCAAUAUAAAAUGGACGAAAAUUUUUCUUUCGGAAUGCCAUGCAUGAAUUUCCAAUCAAAGCGAACUCCUGGGCAACAAGCUAUUCCGAAUGAAUUUCACCGCCAAGCAACGAGUGAGGAAAGGCGAGCUGAAUUUUCAAUUCAUUUCCUUCUUCAACGUUAAUUUAACAUGUUUUCGUGCUGAUUGCAGUUCAAACUAAGAAUCUAGCUACACAAAAUAAAGGAUGAUUUUUUGCUGGUAUCUUUUUGGCAACACUGUUUUUGACAGAUCACGCGUGAAUCGUGUCUUGUGUCAUUGUCAAAUUUGUAUAGGUCUAAAAUUUAUUCAUGAAUGGACGUUGGUAAAGCUGAAAGAAGAUUUUUCGAAAAAUUGUGUUCAGCAACAAAGCUCCCGUAGCGGAAUGCGAUGAUGCGACGUGUAAUGAUUGCUGGCGGAGAAGUUUUCAUAGAUAUAUGACAAUAAUUGAACUGUAUGGCGUACGUCCAUUUCUCUAGAUAAAAUGAAAAAGGUCGCCUUCAAAUUCUUAGAGAUCGAAAAUUUAAUAACAUUUAUAAUGUCCAUCCGGUUAAAUGAGCUCUAAAGAACGAGCAGUCGAGUAGGAAUUCAUUACUCAGUCCGCCUGCGAGACAAUGUGAGGUUAUGAGUGAAAUCCGGUGUGAACAACCUUACCAUGGGUAAAAUCCAAUGUAAACAGCUUUGCCAGCACUCAUAGAUGUCGCUGCGAUCGAAUGCUAAGUGUAUCGCUGAUUGGCUGACUAGGAAGAGCAAAAUCAGUCUUAAUUUAUCAACGCAAGGGUACAACAAUAUUUUACAUAUUAUGUCAGAUGUAUUGUGCUUGCAGAAAAACAUGUUCCUCCAGCGAAAUAUUAAGUGAAAUGCUAAAUGAAAUGCAACCAUCAGUCUCAAAGCCAUUGAUUCCUGAGCAUCCACUAUCAACUUGAAGAACAGAAAAAGAUAUUUUAUUGUUAUGAGCUCAGGUAGCAUAUCUUUCUGUAUUACAUUCCUGUAGUGGAAUUUGGCCUUUCUGUUUCAACAUUGAUCCUAUUGAUACUAAGACUCCUUCCAGGUCGGAACUCGAACAUACGACAACUGGUUUGGUAAAAGCACAUGGGUCAAAAUCAAGAAACAAAAUAUACACGAUUUAACAUGGUUUUAUCAAUUGAUGAAAGGGACAGUUCAACUGACGUCGCUCGAAAUCUUCGCUGCGCUGGACUGUCCUGCGCAUUGCCGGUUAGUGCUGCAGCGACAAUAUCACUCACUUGUGAGAGUGCAGUGCUGUAAACUUGGCGUGCACAAGUUUGAUAGCAUUUUAACAGACUCUCAAAAAAGUACGUCGUGCAGGAUUCGAUUUGGAAUUUUAUUAUUUUAUUGUUCAUGUGGAAAUAUUCAUUUCUUGUGCCAACUAGCUUGCCGUGAAAGAAUACGAGUAGGAGUAAUAUGUUCUCGAGGAUUAUUGUAGAAAGAUAAGCUAGAUUUUGGUGAUGUGUAAUUUAAAUGCACUUUACAAAAGAAUCUACAAUGUUAAAGCAACUUGAGUUUAUUUAUGAAAUUAUGAGUUAUUUUUUUUUUACUUCGCUAGCAGAGAAAUCAUCCUUUUGACUUCAAUACCCAAAUAUUUUUAAGUGAUCAUUCUAUUUAGGAUUUUUGAUGACAGUUCCAAAAGCAGCUUUCUCCACUACUGAUUGAUAAAUCUUCAAAAAAAAAACUCUGCAGUCUUAAUUCGGAAUAGCUUGACUGUAAUUUUAACAUUUUUUUUAUUUAGCUCAAUCUAUUGUUCGUUACCUAUUAAUAAUUAUGAGUUCGAUUAACAGAGUAAAUCCGAAAAUAUAGUCAUUCGAGAUUUUUCAUCGUUUGUAUAAGUGAGCUCAAGAACAUUGAAACUAAAACCAAAAGCAGUCAAUAAUCUUACUGUACAUAAACAAGAUAAAUAGAACAAUUUUGUACUCCUUCGAAAAAGAAACUGGAAAACUUUUGAAAAAAGAAAAUUGGACAAUUGCGAUUCUACCCGCACAGUCGAAAUAAUACUACUCCCCGCCAAACGAUCAUGCAUAUAUUAAUGAAUAAUGAGAAAAUUCUCAAUGCAUACAAACGAAUUCUAGAGUUUAGAGUUGUUCGAUAUCAUGUUACCAAAAAAAAAAACAAAAAACAAAACAAACGUAGACACUCUAGGAAAACAAAAAUAAACGUAUCAAUCAGCAACAAAACAGAGUAUAUUUAGCUAGAAGAACCAAUUAAUCGAAACGAAACCUGAAAGAUUGUUUCUCUUCAGAAUUGAUGUGCGUUCAAAUGCAAUGGACAAACUUAUAGAUGUUAUUUAGGAAACUGAACGUUCCUCCGAUGUUAAUCACCGCAAACUUCGGGUUAAUAUUUAGUCCCGCUCCCCCCAUUGAAUCUAUUGAGUAGUUCUGACCAAAGCUGUAUGUUCUUCGCCAUGCAUGUCAAAUGCAGCUCAUAUCGCAAUAUGUCCAUGGGUAGGAUAAACUAAAAUUAACAUUACGUUAUUAUUGUCGAUGGAAGGUGCUUUAAUGAUGAUAGGAUAAGUGCAGUAAUUGUUGUUUUAACUGACCUUCAUAACAUACUGAUGCUUUAAUUAUGGUAGAAAGUGAAGCAAAUCACAGCAUGGCUAGAAAGAAAAUAAAUGAAUGCCAACAGAUAAAAGUGUUA